AUGCGGCUUUCCAGUCAAAAAACCGCGGCGCACACGGCCGCGGUCUUGUGGUGGCUAUGGAAGCGGGUCCCGACGAUAGAGUUCGGUAUCGAUGUCGGCGCCGAGACGAGACCAGACCAGACCACUGAUGGUGCUGUUGAGGAUGUCCACGCCACCCCCUCAGCUUCUGAUGCCGAGGGAUUGAGAAAGCCCGACAGCCCCCAAGAGUGUGGGAGCUUGGCUGGCCUUGGCCACGGCCACCAGCCGACCACCACCGCUGUUGGGGUGGUCUUGUUUCUGCAACAGAGAGGCCCCGGAACUCCCUGGCACAUGUGCAUCGCCGCCGGCGUCCGAGCCAGGAAUCUCGUCGUGCUCGAUGCGCGACGGUUCCGGGCUCAAUCGAUAGCUGCUCUGAGAACGGCAACGGUGAUGGCAACCGAGCAAGCCCAAAAAUCAAUCAAUCAACCAACCGAGCAGCUAGCUGUAGAGAUCAACGAGGUGCCGACAGUUGAGGUGAGGUCAUCGAGUGACCCGCGUAGGAUGGAUGCCGAGACCGCGGACGUGGAUGUCCACGGUCUCGGCGCCGGGGUGACCAUCGACGAGAUGCUGGCCCAUCUCGCCGCCGAGAGGCUGUCGAUGAGGCUUUCGACGCUGCUCUCUCGGCCUCCGAAUCCUCGGGUGCUGCGGAGUGGUUUGUCUGAGGUCUUCGUUUGCGUAGCCAAGAUCUCUGCGUGA